UGCUGCUUGAUGGCGCGGUCCUGGUUGAGGCGUGGAAACGCUGAUAUUAAAGUGGAGUGACGAGCGGUGAGCGAGAUCAGGUUCUUUAUGGAUAUUAGUUGUGCUAGCGUCGUUGUCCUACAGACUUUGACUCAGGCUUCUAGUCAAGACACAGCUGUGCUGAAGCCAGCUGAGGAGCAGUUGAAGCAAUGGGAGACACAACCUGGUUUCUAUUCAACUUUGUUGAAUAUCUUCACUAAUCACGCAUUAGAUGUAAAUGUACGGUGGCUUGCUGUGUUAUACUUCAAAAAUGGAAUUGAUCGUUACUGGCGACGUAUUGCUCCACAUGCUAUAUCAGAAGAAGAAAAAUCCUCAUUGCGAGCAGGGCUGAUUGCAAAUUUUAACGAACCAGUGAAUCAGAUUGCAACGCAAAUUGGAGUACUGAUUGCUAAGGUUGCCAGGUUAGAUUGCCCUCGACACUGGCCAGAAUUAAUUCCCACACUGUUGGAAUCUGUUAAGGUUCAGGAUGAUCUGCGUCAGCAUAGGGCACUGCUUGCCUUUUAUCACGUUACUAAGACACUGUCAUCUAAAAAACUGAUAGCAGAUAAGAAGUUGUUUCAAGAUUUGGCAUCAGGGAUCUACAACUUUGCCUGCUCUCUAUGGAAUCAUCAUACUGAUACUUUUUUACAGCAAAUCUAUACAGGGGAUGCGGCUGCUAUAAAUUCACUGGAAAGAACUUCGCUUUCAUUGAAAGUUCUUCGUAAGCUGACUGUGCAUGGUUUUGUGGAACCUCACAAGAAUCUAGAAGUAAUGGAAUUUCUGAGCGCAGUUUUUGAGAGGCUAAAACAAUUUCUGGAAUGUCGUAGACAAGUCAACCCAGAGAGCACAUGCUGUGAAAAGCUGGAGAAGACAAUUAUUCUUUUCACAAAAGUGCUUUUGGACUUUUUGGACUAUCACCCAUUUUCAUUCAUCGGGUUGAUUCAGAGAUCAUUGGAGUUUGCUGUUAGCUACAUAUUUACAGGUGCUGGUGAGGGUGUGGUGUUUGAGCGGUUCAUCGUUCAGUGCAUGAACCUCAUUAAAAUGAUCGUCAAAAAUGAUGCUUACAAACCGGCAAAGAAAACUGAAGAAAACAAACCUGAAACUUUGGAAGCACACAAGAUCAAAUUGUGCUUCUUCAACUAUUCAACUUUAACUGAAAUCUGUCGAAGACUGGUAUCUCAAUAUUUCCUUCUGACUCCAGAGGAAUUGUCUAUGUGGGAGGAAGAUCCUGAGGGCUUUGCUGUGGAAGAGGCUGGAGGGGACUCUUACAAAUACAGCUUAAGGCCAUGUACAGAAGUCCUGUUUUUGGACAUAUUUCACGAAUAUAGCCAAACACUCACCCCUGUGUUGUUAGAAAUGGUUCAAAAUCUACAUGGACCAUCCGAUGUCGAUAAUACUGUUGAUCUAGUGAUCAAAGAUGCUGUGUACAAUGCAAUUGGAUUAGCAGCCUAUGAACUUUUUGAUAGUGUUGACUUUGACCAGUGGUUCAAGAACCACUUACUGGCUGAAUUACAGGUUACCCAUAUAAGAUACAAACUUAUUCGGCGGAGGGUGAUUUGGUUGAUUGGUCAAUGGAUCUCAGUAAAAUUUAAAUCAGAAUUAAGACCAUUGUUGUACGAGGCUAUCCUUAAUCUCAUGCAAGACCAAGACCGUGUGGUUCGCAUUGAGACAGCUACAACCCUGAAGCUUGCUGUAGAUGACUUUGAAUUUAGAACAGAGCAGUUUGUGCCAUAUUUGGAAAAUAUUUUCAGUCUACUCUUCCACUUGCUUCAAGAAGUCACAGAAUGUGAUACAAAGAUGCAUGUAUUGCAUGUAAUUUCUUGUGUCAUCGAAAGAGUUGGAAUGCAGAUUCGACCUUAUGUUGGAUGUUUGGUGCAGUAUUUACCUUUGCUUUGGAAGCAAUCUGAAGAUCAUAAUAUGCUGCGAUGUGCAAUUCUUACCACAUUAAUUCAUCUUGUGCAGGGUUUGGGAGCAGACAGCAGAAAUCUCUACCCAUUCUUGCUUCCAAUCAUUCAACUGAGCACAGAUGUUUCUCAGCCACCUCAUGUUUAUCUGCUGGAGGAUGGUUUAGAAUUGUGGUUAGUGACAUUGGAAAACAGCCCAUCAAUCACGCCGGAGCUUCUUGGAAUUUUUCAGAAUAUGUCUGCUUUACUUGAGCUUGGUUCUGAAAAUGUAAGGACUUGUUUCCAGAUUAUAAAUGCUUACAUUUUCUUGACCUCGUCAGAAUUUUUACAGAAUUUUGCAGAUGUCCUAUGCCAAUCCUUCUGCGAGCUGAUGCAAGAUAUCACCACUGAAGGACAAGUUCAAAUACUUAAGGUUGUAGAAAAUGUCCUCAAAGUGAAUCCUGUACUAGGGCCUCAGAUAUUUCAGCCACUUCUUCCAGCAGUCCUGAAAGGAAUCUUGGAUGGAGAGAAAUAUCCAGUGGUAAUGUCUACAUAUCUAGGUAUUACAGGACGUGUACUAUUGCAAAAUGCAGGAUUUUUCUCUUCCCUUCUCAACCAGAUUGCAUUAGAUCUCAGCCAAGAGAUGGAUCAGAUCCUUGGCAGUAUAAUUGAGAUGUGGGUUGAUCGAAUGGAUAACAUUACACAGCCAGAGAGAAGGAAACUUUCUGCAUUAGCAUUACUUUCACUCUUACCUUCAGAAAACAGUCUUAUUCAAGAUAAGUUCUGUGGCAUUAUAAACAUUUGUGUGGAAGCAUUACAUGAUGUCCUGUCAGAGGAUCCAGACACAGGAACUUACAAAGACUGUAUGGUGAUGUCACAUUUUGAAGAGCAAAAAGUAAGUGAAGAUGAAGAACCCCCAACUGAACAGGACCGGAGGAAGAAAUUGCUUGCAUUGAAAGACCCAGUACACAGUGUGUCGCUGCAGCAAUUUGUCUACGAGAAGCUAAAGGCACAGCAAGAGUUACUUGGAGAGCAAGGAUUCCAGAGUCUGAUAGAAUCUGUGGACACUGAAGUUAUCAGACAACUGCAAGGGUUUUUACAAAAAUUAUGAAAAGAAAUUUCCUCGAGUUGAAGAAAUGGAAUUAUAUUCUUACAGCAAAUGCACCAGAGCUUCCAACAUCAGAGUGGCAGUAGCCCUCAUACACAAUCUGAUGUAGUAUCCUGAUGAAAACAAAUCAAGUUAAACAUUAUUUUGAACUGUGCUAAAAAAGAACCAAUGUAGUUUGAGAUAACUGUUGCUGGGGGUUAAAAACUAUGAGCUUCUUGUAGCUUCGUUGUUCAUUGUAUUUGAAUACACGAGAAUGUGUUUUUUUUCUUUUUGUAUUAUUUGAAAGAUUACAGAAAAUUACAGGGUGUGACUACAGAAAGCAGUUCGUGUGAUAUCAAGAACACAGUAAUUGGAUGAAAAUUGAGCUUUUGGAAAGAAAAGGUUUUUACUGUGUCCAGUACAUUUUAGCUUCAGCUGCAAAGCCUGCAGCUUGGUUUCUUAUAUUAUGUUAACCAGCUCACAGAUAAUGUGUGUUUAAUGCACAUAUAUAAACAUUGAGAAUUGUCUAGAUUAAAGUUUGCCUAAGUCUGGGAUAUAUGUUGCCUUACUGUAUUUUAUUGACCUUACCUCAACUAAAAACCUAUCUUUCAGCAUUUUGAGUUCUUUUUAAACAAUUAUCAACUGAUAAAUUAGUCCUUGCAGAACCCAAGUAUAUCUUUUCAAUAUAAAUUUCAGUCUUACUUGGUUCAGAUCACACAAUGUUCCUAAUCGUUUUGAUGUUGAUAAGUAGCAUAGACCUUGAAUAUUGACCAGCAUUCAGUUUUCAGUCUAAUUACAAAAUGCUUUCAGAAUGA